GUGCAGAAAUACUUCUGCGUCCCACAACUUAAACGCUUUUCUUGAGCGGCAGUCGGCAACAUGCAAUUCCCGGCAGUACUUUCGUGCGGUGUCUUGGCUCUUGCAGCUGUCUGGAACCUCUCAAAUGCCCAUAUUGGCGAGGUAUUUGUAACAGUGCAAGAUGGAAAAUGUCUCUACGAAAAUGUCACUCUAGAAGACGGUCAGGCAUACCACAGCGAGCACCCGUGUCAAAUCUGGUUGUGCAGCGCGUCAGACUCUCGGGUCAGGAUAACAGGAUGUGCUGGCCGGCCUGUUGAAGAGAACUGCCGCCUUGUGCCUGGCCCCGGAGUUUACCCCCACUGCUGUCCACAUCAAGUGUGCGAUGGUUCAGACCAAAGCACUUAAUUGAAAGGCACACGUAAAAAAAGGUUUCACUCCGUGGAAAUAAAGCGUGCUAUGCAUA